GCAGAGGCUGAUGGGGGGCUGACGCCUGUGAGGCUUCCAGCGUCGGUACCAUGGCGACGCGUGGUGGGGCUGAGGUGGCAAUGGCGGCUUGGUCCCUCUUAUCCUCCCGGGUCGUGGCCGUGUUCCUCCUGUUGUCCCUCCUUCGCUUCUUACAGGCCCAGACCUUCUCUUUCCCUUUCCAGCAGCCGGAGAAGUGCGACAACAACCAGUAUUUUGAUAUCUCCGCGCUCUCCUGUGUUCCGUGUGGAGCUAACCAGAGGCAGGAUGCCCGAGGAACUUCAUGUGUAUGUCUACCAGGAUAUCAGAUGAUCUCUAAUAAUGGAGGACCUGCUGUUAUUUGUAAAAAGUGCCCAGAAAACAUGAAAGGUAUUACAGAAGAUGGCUGGAACUGCAUUUCUUGCCCUAGUGGCUUAACUGCCGAAGGAAAAUGUCACUGUCCCACUGGCCAUAUUUUAGUGGAAAGAGAUAUUAAUGGAACAUUGCUGUCUCAAGCAACUUGUGAGCUCUGUGAUGGAAAUGAAAACUCUUUUACGGUAGCAAAUGCUUUAGGAGACAGGUGCAUCCGAUGUGAGCCAACAUUUGUUAAUACCAGCAGGUCCUGUGCAUGUUCAGAACCUAACAUUUUCACAGGGGGAUUAUGUUUCAGCAACACAGGGAAUUUUCCUCUACGUAGAAUUUCAACUGCACGUUAUGGAGAAGUUGGCGUGUCUUUAACUUCAGAAUGGUUUGCAAACUAUUUGCAAUCAUCAGCAGCUGCAUGUUCGGUAUAUGCCAAUCUAACAUCUUGUCAAGCGCUUGGAAAUAUAUGUGUGAUGAACAUGAAUUCUUACGACUUUGCCACAUUUGAUGCAUGUCGACUAUUUCAGUUUAUCUUUGAAAAUACUGCUGGACUGAGCACUGUUCAUUCUAUUUCAUUUUGGAGACAGAAUCUUCCUUGGCUGUUUUAUGGAGACCAGUUAGGAUUAGCACCUCAAGUGCUCAGUUCUACCUCUCUUCCUACAAAUUUCAGUUUUAAAGGAGAAAACCAGAAUACAAAACUGAAGUUUGUUGCUGCUUCCUAUGAUAUAAGAGGAAAUUUUCUCAAGUGGCAAACUUUAGAAGGAGGUGUUUUACAGCUUUGUCCAGACACAGAAACGAGGCUAAAUGCUGCUUAUUCAUUUGGAACAACCUACCAACAAAAUUGUGAGAUUCCUAUCUCUAAGAUCUUAAUUGACUUUCCCACUCCUAUAUUUUAUGAUGUGUACCUUGAAUAUGCUGAUGAAAAUCAACAUCAAUAUAUUUUGGCUGUGCCUGUGUUAAACCUAAAUCUUCAACACAAUAAGAUAUUUGUGAACCAAGACAGCAACUCUGGCAAGUGGCUUCUAACUCGGCGCAUUUUCUUAGUGGAUGCAGUAAGUGGACGAGAAAAUGACUUAGGAAGUCAACCAAAAGUAAUUCGAGUUGCUACCCAAAUAUCACUGAGCAUCCACCUUGUACCCAACACAAUAAAUGGAAACAUCUACCCUCCCUUAAUCACCAUUGCCUACAGUGACAUUGAUAUCAAAGACGCCAACAGCCAGUCUGUGAAGGUUUCUUUCUCAGUCACAUAUGAAAUGGAUCAUGGAGAAGCACAUGUCCAGACAGAUAUUGCUUUGGGUGUAUUGGGUGGGCUAGCUGUUUUAGCAUCUCUUUUGAAGACAGCAGGAUGGAAGAGGCGCAUUGGGAGUCCCAUGAUUGAUUUACAGACAGUUAUGAAAUUCUUGGUGUACUAUGCUGGUGAUCUGGCCAAUGUUUUCUUUAUCAUCACAGUGGGAACAGGUCUUUACUGGCUUAUUUUCUUCAAAGCACAGAAGUCUGUCUCUGUUUUGCUACCAAUGCCAGUUCAGGAAGAACGUUUUGUCACUUAUGUUGGAUGUGCCUUUGCUCUGAAGGCACUACAAUUUUUGCAUAAGCUCAUAUCCCAGAUUACAAUAGAUGUAUUCUUUAUUGAUUGGGAGCGACCUAAAGGAAAGGUUCUUAAAGCUGUUGAAGGUGAGGGUGGUGUACGAAGUGCCACUGUUCCUGUAAGCAUAUGGAGAACAUAUUUUGUAGCAAAUGAAUGGAAUGAAAUUCAGACUGUGAGAAAAAUUAAUUCACUAUUUCAAGUACUUACUGUCCUCUUCUUUUUGGAGGUUGUGGGAUUCAAGAACUUGGCAUUAAUGGACUCAUCUUCUAGUCUUUCUAGAAGUCCAUCUAGCUAUGUAGCUCCUUAUAGCCGCAUUUUGAGAUAUGCAGUGUCUGCUGCUCUUUGGCUAGCCAUUGGAAUUAUACAGAUCGUGUUCUUUGCUAUCUUUUAUGAGAGAUUUAUAGAAGAUAAAAUUCGACAGUUCGUUGAUUUAUGCUCUAUGAGUAAUAUAUCAGUGUUUCUGUUAUCCCACAAAUGUUUUGGAUAUUACAUUCAUGGUAGAUCAGUACAUGGGCAUGCAGAUACUAAUAUGGAAGAAAUGAAUGUGAACCUUAAAAGAGAAGCGGAAAAUUUGUGUAGCCAGCGAGGUUUGGUACCCAACACAGAUGGUCAGACUUUUGAGAUUGCAAUUUCUAACCAGAUGAGACAACAUUAUGACAGAAUUCAUGAGACACUAAUAAGGAAAAAUGGUCCUGCUAGACUAUUGAGUUCAUCAGCAAAUACUUUUGAGCAGAGUAUAAAGGCAUAUCAUAUGAUGAAUAAAUUUCUUGGCUCCUUCAUUGACCAUGUUCAUAAGGAAAUGGAUUACUUUAUAAAAGAUAAGUUGCUUCUUGAAAGAAUUCUUGGAAUGGAAUUCAUGGAACCAAUGGAAAAAAGCAUCUUUUACAAUGAUGAAGGUUAUUCUUUCAGCAGUGUCCUGUAUUAUGGAAAUGAAGCUACCCUUCUUAUUUUUGAUCUGCUGUUCUUCUGUGUUGUGGAUUUGGCUUGCCAAAAUUUUAUUUUAGCGUCCUUCCUUACAUAUCUACAACAAGAGAUUUUUAGAUAUAUCCGUAAUACAGUAGGACAAAAGAAUUUGGUGUCCAAAACAUUGGUGGAUCAAAGAUUUUUGAUUUAACUUCCUGAAUAAAUAACUUAAAGACUCAGUAUAAUCAUGGCCAAAAAAAAUGUCGUGAUACCAGGUUAGUUUGCCAUAUUUUUAAAACUUUUAAUGCAAACUAUUCUGUUUUUGUUUUUUAUUUGCAGAAAGAUUUAUUUUUAUAACUUGGGAAUAUAUGUGAUAAAACAGAAAAUAUUGUUUUCCCAUUGUGUGUGGUAUUUAAUGCAGUAAAUAAUAAAUUAACACUGACAGUGAGGCCAAAAAAAAAUCUAAAUGUUGCUUUCAGCAUAAUACUUUUUAAUGAUAAUUAAAACAGUCCCCAUCAAUUUUCUCUGUGGAUUAUUUUAUAAACUGAGAGCUGCCUGAAUUUUCUCACAUUGACAAAGUAAUUUGAUUCCAAGAUUAAGACUAGUUUUCAGUUUGAUAUUUUCAUGUUUUGUGUGCUUAUGGUUAAAUAAAUGUUGAAAGAUAUUUUCAAGUUUACUUAGAAAUUU